GAACAAGUAAGUUUGGAAUUUAACCCUCUUUCAUCGCACGGUGUUCCCACAUUGUAUUGGACAACAACUCAACAUAUUAAUAUUUCAUUUCGGAAUGACACAGGCUCUGAGUGCCCCAUCAAUCGAAGAGCUCGAGGACUUGAUCUUGUCUUGUCGGUAUGGCGAUCUGGAAGAUGUGCAGGAGUUCGUCCGUCGGUUCGGGAUCGCUCCUUUAGACGAUUAUGUGGACGAACACGGAAAUAGUUGCUUGCAUAUGGCAGCUGCCAACGGACAUGAAGAUGUCGUUCAAUACCUUUUGCAGAAUCUAGAGAAGUCGAGUUCAAUACACCGAUCGAAUCUGCCGCCGGCGAGUAACACGCCGCUUCAUUGGGCGGCGAUGAACCAUCAUCUUGGGAUUUUGAAGCAACUGUGUGUCCGACUGACGACGGAGCAGAUAUGUCAAGUGAACGGGCGAGGGAUGAGUGCGAUGAGCGAGGCGAUGGGCUCGAUCAACAACAUUCCCCCAUCCACCAAACCAGAUCCACCAGCGAAUGGCGAGCAGGCUGAAGAAGCAGAACAGAUCCCUAUUCGAGAACAAUGCGUUAAUUAUCUCGUGGAAAUGAUGAAGUUGGGCGACACCGACUCCGAGCCUCUCACGAAAGACCCUCCAUCUGACCAUCAACAGCCCAUUCCCCCUACUUCUGAUCAGCCUCAAGAUCCCGUUGAGAAGUUGAAUCUCAACAUCCAGAAUACUCAGUUGAAUGAUCCAAAGGAAACAUCGCCUGUCAAAGCUUUGAGAUGAUAAACCAUUUGUUUUUAAUCCAUCCUGUUUUAUCUUUUUUUUUGUCACCACGCAACAAACGAUACCUCAUUGAUUCAGAUCCCCGUCGACUUAUGUCUCUUAUAAGCCCUUUUGAUUUGUUUUUUUUACUGAUCACUUCUGGGCCAGUUUCCAAUCAAUCUGAUGACCUCCCCCCCAAAAAAAAUGCGUCCGUGUGAUGAUGGUGUAACUUUGUAGAUCAUAAAUUUCUCCCACUCUCCAAUUUCACUUAUAAAUCAAGGGACUGCCUCGUUGUUAUCGUUGUGUUUUUUGUUUUUUUGAGAAAAAAAAAAGAGUGAGAAUGCAUUCAAGAGUUAUGAUACAACAUACGCAGAGGAAGUAACUAC